AGGGAAUAUUGAGCUAGUAGCAGAAAGAAGAAGAAUACAAGGAAGUAUUGAACAGCUGAUCAUAUUUUAUGUCAUUAUGCCCCGGAAUAGUGCUUAAAUAUAAAUGCUACAUUUUAAAGACGUUUCGAUUAUGUUCCCGCUGCUCUAGAGAACAACAUGGACCAACGCAGGAGAGGGGCGGGUUUCAAAGCCAUGUUCUCUCACAGAUCCCGCGGCCCUACUGCAGAGGUCUUCAGAAAGAAGCACAACAUCUGUAUGGUGUCAGACUUUUUCUAUCCAAAUAUGGGAGGUGUGGAGAGUCACAUUUACCAGUUGUCCCAAUGUCUAAUUGCUAUGGGACACAAGGUGGUAAUAGUCACCCAUGCCUAUGGCAGGAGGAAAGGCAUCAGGCACCUCACAAAUGGUCUGAAAGUGUACUACCUCCCACUACAGGUCAUGUACAACCAGUCCACAGCAACCACAUGCUUCCACAGCCUGCCCCUGAUGCGCUGUGUGUUUGUCCGAGAGCGCAUUACCAUUGUGCACUCACACAGUUCUUUCUCUGCCAUGGCCCACGACGCACUUUUCCAUGCCAAAACCCUGGGCCUCAAUACUGUGUUCACUGACCACUCACUCUUUGGUUUUGCUGACAUCAGUUCUGUGCUGACCAACAAACUUCUGACAAUUUCACUCUGUGAUACCAACCAUAUAGUGUGUGUCUCAUAUACCAGUAAAGAGAACACAGUACUGCGAGCAGCUCUCAACCCAGAAAUAGUGUCUGUUAUUCCCAAUGCUGUGGAUUCUGCAGACUUUACCCCUGACCCUUCGCAGCGUCAAGAUGAUAAGAUUACAAUUGUUGUAAUAAGUCGCCUUGUUUAUCGUAAAGGUAUUGAUCUUCUAGGUGGAAUAAUCCCGGAGCUUUGCCUUAAAUAUCCAGAUUUACACUUCUUAAUAGGAGGCGAAGGACCAAAACGAAUUGUUUUGGAAGAAGUACGAGAGAAAUACCAACUUCAUGACAGGGUGCGUCUGUUAGGAGCUCUGGAGCAUAAGGAUGUGCGGGGGGUUCUGGUGCAGGGCCACAUCUUCCUGAACACGUCUCUAACUGAAGCCUUCUGUAUGGCCAUUGUGGAAGGAGCCAGCUGUGGACUGCAGGUGGUGAGUACUCGUGUUGGAGGCAUUCCUGAGGUGUUGCCUGAGGACCUUAUUACUUUGUGUGAGCCCACUGUGCGGUCACUGUGCGCUGGUCUGGAGUCAGUCAUUUCACAGCACCGUACUGGAGCUGUGCCUUCACCUGCUUCUAUUCAUGCACGGGUCCGUAACCUGUACACCUGGAGAAAUGUCGCAGAGAGGACUGAAAAGGUUUAUGACAGAGUGGCAGGAGAGGAGGUACUUCCACUGGACAGACGGAUACACCGGCUAAGGACUCACUGUGGCCCUGUGGCAGGGACCAUCUUUGCAUUUGUGGCUGUAUUAGACUUCCUGUUUCUGCUUCUGCUGCAGUGGCUGGUGCCAGAUCAAGUUAUGGAUGUUGCCGUAGAUGCCAGUGGUCCUCAUGGAAUUUGGAAAGGGGAACAAAAAGAUGAGAUAGAUAGUAAAAGGGAAUUAAGCAGAGAGCACAGUCUGUAGCAGAGUGCAUGGUGAGUCUCUAAAAUAUAUAAUUGUUUACAUUACUGAUGAUCAAACCAGAAGCUAUGAGCCACUACUGUACAACUGUAUGAAAUGCUCAGGGAAAUGAUGGUAGUCUUGUAAGUACAUUAAAUAGCACUUUUUUAUACAUACUCUCAUAACAUGUUUAUUGCUUAAGGAUAGGAUAAGUUUUACUGACCUAAUAUCAGUUUUCUUUAUCAUAAGCAUCCUGUUCGGGAGUUGAUGCCAUUUUUUUAAUUAUAUCUGACAAGGUUUAUCUGACAGGGUGCAUUUUAAUGCAAACUACUGACUGUUGUUGUUGGCUACUGUAAUAAAGCACAGUCUGUUGCAUUGCAAUGGAACACAAGCUUUUAUUUCUG